AUGGACUGUGUACAGACUCCUCUACGGUGUUUUAGGGAAUGUCACUCCGCUGAAAUGUUCGCGGAAGACGGGUUGGAAACUGUGACUUCCCGUGAGCAGAAAAAGGUUGAACGCAGCAUUGAAGAAGUCAUCAACGUUUACAAGCAAGUCCACACCAUACCACAGCCAACCUUGCUACGGGAACAACACUACCAAUAUCUCAAGAAGGGCUUACGGCAUUUAUCAGACUCUUACGAGUGUCUAGACGCAAGCAGACCUUGGCUUUGCUUCUGGAUUCUUCACAGUCUGGAGUUACUUGAUGAGCCUGUUCCUGCCGCUGUGGCCUCAGAUGUGUGUCAGUUCCUGGCUCGAUGUCAGAGCCCCACGGGGGGGUUUGGCGGCGGACCCUCACAGCAAGCCCACCUAGCACCCACCUAUGCCGCUGUCAACGCCCUCUGCAUUAUCGGCACAGAGGAAGCUUACAACGUAAUCGACAGGGAGAAGUUAUUAGACUUCCUGUGGUCAGUGAAGCAGCCCGAUGGCUCCUUUGUGAUGCAUGUGGGAGGGGAGGUGGACGUCAGGAGUGCGUAUUGUGCAGCCUCGGUAGCAUCGCUCACCAACAUCAUCACACCCAAACUGUUUGAGGACACCACGAAUUGGAUCCUCAGUUGUCAGAAUUGGGAGGGCGGCCUUAGCGGGGUGCCAGGCCUGGUGGCCCACGGUGGCUACACAUUCUGUGGCACUGCUGCGCUGGUCAUCCUGGGGAAAGAACACAUGUUGGAUCUUAAAGCUUUACUGAGGUGGGUGGUCAGCAGACAGAUGCGUUUCGAAGGGGGUUUCCAGGGCCGGUGCAACAAACUCGUGGAUGGCUGCUACUCCUAUUGGCAGGCGGGACUCCUACCUCUCCUCCAUAGGGCCUUUUUCAAAGAAGGGGAGUCAGAGCUGAGCCGACAAAGGUGGAUGUUUGAGCAGCAAGCCUUGCAGGAGUACAUCCUCCUCUGCUGCCAGAACCCAACUGGGGGGCUGCUAGACAAGCCUGGCAAAUCUAGAGAUUUUUACCACACAUGCUACUGCCUCAGCGGCCUUUCUAUAGCGCAGCACUUUGGGAACAUGGAAAGCCAUCACGAGAGUGUCCUCGGGAAGGAGCAAAAUAAAUUGGCUCCCACUCAUCCCGUUUACAACAUCUGCCCAGAGAAGGUGGCUCUGGCCUUGCAGCACUUUCACCAGCUGCCCGUCCCAGCGAAAAACUCCUCGGCCGACCAUCAAACCUAG